AUGGAUACGGUAGGCGUUGAAUUUUUGGCGGGAAAUUUUGAAAUUCAAAUUUUUUGCAGCUCGACGAGUUUACGAAAUCCGAAGACAUCAACUAUCCAACCACGCAAAUUCGCCAAAAAAUCGCAGAAAUUGGCGGGAAGUUCGCGGCAAUUUUUGAAAUCGCGGAAGAUGAGGCGACUUGUGAAGAAGUCGCGAAUUUCGUGCGACCCGCCACGAAAUUCGCGAAAAAUGAAGUCGAUUUUUCGCUGCUGAAAUGUCCUGGGGAAAAACCUGUGGUUUUAACUAAUUAG